AUGUCCCCGCGCUCAUCCUGGGCUUCCUUUCCUCCACUCUUGCCAGGGUCUCCCGUAUCCCCCAUUCGGGGCAGCCUGGCCGUCCUUCCCCACGCCAGGCUCCCCUCCCGAAAUCGAGUGGCCCUCAAUGAGGGGGCCAUUGCCCCUCCAUCACGCAGUCCCCGUCCCCCAUGGGCGUCCCCACCCACGGCUGCCUCGCUCCCUCCCCUACUCCGGGCCGGCCGUACCCCCUACGCCAAGAGGCUAACUCUGAGGGGAACCUUGCGCCCCUCUCCUCCUGCCGCCGCGCCCCGCACCGAUGCCUCCUCGUCUCCUUGUCCUGCCCUCGCGCGCUUCGCGCAGGAGGCCGACGCGGCGCGGGCGGAGCUGCAGAAGAAGGCCCAGGCGCUGCAGGAGGAGUGCGGCUACCUGCGGCGCCUCCACCAGGAAGAGGUGGGAGAGCUGCUCGGCCAGAUCCAGGGCUGCGGCGCCGCGCAGGCGCAGGCGCAAGCCGAGGCGCGCGACGCCCUCAAGUGCGACGUGACGUCGGCGCUGCGUGAGAUCCGCGCGCAGCUGGAAGGCCACGCGGUGCAGAGCACGCUGCAGUCCGAGGAGUGGUUUCGAGUGAGGCUGGACCGCCUGUCGGAAGCAGCCAAAGUGAACUCAGAUGCCAUGCGCUCAGCCCAGGAGGAAAUCAGUGAGUACCGGCGUCAGCUGCAGGCCAGGACCACAGAGCUGGAGACACUGAAAAGCACCAAAGAUUCCCUGGAGAGACAGCGCUCUGAGCUGGAGGACCGUCACCAGGCUGACAUUAUGUCCUACCAGGAGGAGGCCAAGUCCCCUGCGAAGGAGGAGGCCAAGUCCCCUGCGAAGGAGGAGGCCAAGUCCCCUGCAAAGGAGGAGGCCAAGUCCCCUGCAAAGGAGGAGGCCAAGUCCCCUGCAAAGGAGGAGGCCAAGUCCCCUGUGAAGGAGGAGGCCAAGUCCCCUGUGAAGGAGGAGGCCAAGUCCCCUGCAAAGGAGGAGGCCAAGUCUCCAGAGAAAGCCAAGUCCCCUGUGAAGGAAGAGGCCAAGUCCCCUGCGAAGGAGGAGGCCAAGGCUCCUGUGAAGGAGAUCCCCAAAAAGGAAGAGGUAAAGUCCCCUGUAAAGGAGGAGGUGAAAGUCAAAGAGCCCCCAAAGAAGGCAGAGGAAGACAAGACUCCAGCCGCACAAAAAACCGAGGGAAAGGACAGCAAGAAGGAUGAGAGUCCCAAAAAGGAGGCCUCAAAGCCCGUGGCUGAGGAAAAGAAGGAAGCUGCUGUGGAAAAGCCCCAAGAACCCAAAGUGGAAGCCAAGAAGGAAGAGGGUGGAGAUAAGAAAAAAGCAGCAACCCCCGAGAAGGAGGCUCCUGCCAAGGUGGAGGUGAAGGAAGAGGCGAAACCCAAAGAGAAGACAGAGGAGGCUAAAGCCAAAGAGCCCAGCAAACCUGCAGAGAAAGAGCCAGACAAGUCAAAGAAAGAAGAGACACCAGCAGCACCAGAAAAGAAAGAUACCAAAGAGGAGAAACCCAAAGCAGAGGCCAAGGGCAAGGAGGAUGACAAGAGUCUCCCUAAAGAGCCCAGCAAGGAGGCCCCUGCGCCCAGCAAACCCAAGACAGAAAAGGCUGAAAAAUCCUCCAGCACAGACCAAAAAGACAGCAAGCCCCCAGAGAAGGCCGCAGAGGACAAGGCCGCCAAGGGGGAGAAGUAAAGCGGGGAGAAAGAAAACAUCCAGAGCAGCCAAAGAAACUCAGGAGGGUCCCGGAGCUCAAGGGUCAGUGUAAUGAAUUUUCCUUUCCUUUUGUCCUCCCUUUUUCUUUCUGUAAGAGGAAACUGGCCAUGGGCCCUCCGUCACCAAAUAAGAAUUCCUUUUAGUAAUUGGUAGCAAGAGAGAGUACACUCAGCUCCAGUACACACUGGAGUGUACUCUUCAACCCUCCCAAGGCGAUGGACAAUUAUGUUAUGAUAGCUUCCGUAGCCGAAUGUGAUGUAUGCUGAAUGCCACACAUAAACACUGGACUUCAGAAACUGCCCCCUCCUUUCCAAUUAAGUGCAUUAAUUUCCUGUAUGUACCACUGACAGAUGACCGCAAUAACGAAUGAGCAGUUAGAAACGCAUAAUGCUUGAGAUGUCUUAACCUAUUCCCGAAUGCCUUCUGUUUUCCAAACGAGUGGUCAGGGC